AUGGCAAGCGUUAAGAAGGAGUUUUUCGACCGUUACGUUGCGCGUGCCAUGGCUGGCGACCCCCCCCUGCCUCCCUACGAGACCGAUGACAAUGGCCAUAUUGUCAUGCAUAUUGGCGAGGUCUUCUGCCGCGUCCCCGACUGCUCCUCCCAAACAAAGCAGUUCUCCCACACUGGCAACCUGCGUGUCCACAUAAAGGCCCAUAAAGACCUCACCCUCCCCGGCCGCGCCAAAGGUGCCCCUAGUGUCGAGGACAAAAAUGCCUCGAUCGCGUGGUAUAAAUCGCUCUUUGCCCCUCCGAAGAAGAUGGCCGUGCCUUUUACGAAGGCUGGCAAUAUCGGUAUCAAAGAGAUCAAGGAUUUUCUUCGGACCAAGCAUGUGACCCAGUUCCCUUGCGAGUCCUGCGAGCAAGCUAAUGCUAAAUGCUGUGCCACCCCUUUCGUCUGCGAGUACCUUGACCGCUACUACGACGUUGAAGACUCUUUCGACCGCCCGGAGUAA